UUUUCAACAAAAAGAACUACAGUUUCUGUAACCUCAACAAGAAAGAAAGAAACAAAGAAAGAAGAUGACCGAGCUUGCUUUUCCGUUGGCGGCCAAACUCAUUGAAAGGCUCAGCUCCAUUGCUUCUGAGGAGAUUUGCUUGGCGUGGGGUGUUAAAGCAGAUCUGCAAAAACUUCGACGCACCAUGUCCACAAUCAAAGACGUGCUAUUGGAUGCCGAAGAGAAGCAAGCAGGUAACGGUGACCUAAGCAGUUGGCUACGAGAACUUAAAGAUGUGUUCCUUGAUGCGGAGGAUCUGUUGAACGAGUUUGAGUGCGAAGCUUUGCGAAGGGAAGUGCGUGGCAGUGGCAUAACUAGAAAGGUACGCCGUUUCUUUUCCCGCUCUAAUCCAGUUGCAUUCGACUUGCGAGUAGGUCAUGGAAUUAAGGACAUAAGAGCGAGGUUACAAGAGCUUAAAGAAGAUAAGAAUUUUGGUGAUCUUCGACCUUGUCAUCAUCACCCACAUCUCGGUGAUCAUCUGAGGGAGAAUAGGAAUACGACCCACUCAUUUGUCCGUGCCUCGGAGGUUAUUGGUAGAGACACGGAGAAAAAUACAAUUGUAGAUCUUCUAAUGCAACAAGGCGAUGAUCAUCAAGGUGGGGAUAAUGGGAAUGUAUCUGUUAUUCCUACGGUGGGAUUUGGAGGUUUAGGGAAGACCACCCUUGCCCAGUCGGUGUACAAUGAUCAGAGAGUUGUUGGGAGUUUUGACUUAAGAAUGUGGCAGCAUGUGUCAGUGAACUUUGAUCUUACUAGAUUGACAAAAGAGAUCCUUGGCUCUGCAUUAGGUACACAGAUCAGUGAAGGGUUAUCUCUGGAUCAGUUGCAAGCACAACUACGAGAUGCUUUAAAGGAUAAAAAAUUUCUGCUUGUCCUGGAUGAUGUGUGGAACGCGGAUCGUAUCAAAUGGAGCGAGUUGAGAGAUUUGUUGGUAGAGGGGGCCAAGAUAGGAUCUAAGAUUUUGGUGACAACACGGAAUAUCUCAGUUGCUUCAAUCAUGGGCACAGUUGGAACCUGCAUAAACUUAGAAGGUCUCUCUUUUGAGGAUUGUAUGAAGUUGUUUGUAAAGUGUGCAUUUGACGAAGGACAAGAAAGACAACAUCCAAGCCUCUAUGAAAUGGGAAAAGAUAUUGUAAGCAAGUGCGGAGGGGUUCCCUUAGCUGUGAAAACAUUAGGGAGUCAACUUUACUCAAAGACUGAUGAGCGUCAAUGGAAGUUGAUUAGAGAUUCGGAGAUUUGGGAAUUAGAACGAGGGGGAGAUUGUCACAUUCUACCUGCUUUGAGACUGAGUUAUACUCAAUUGCCCCCUCAUUUGAAGCAUUGCCUUGUUUGCUGUUCAACUCUUCCAAAGAAUUACACUAAAUUUGAUAGCAGGGAAUUAAUCAAUCAUUGGAUGGCACAUGGAAUCCUUGAAUCUCGUGAACAUGGGGAUAUGGAGUUGGAAGAUGUUGGUGAGCUAUAUUUCAAAGUAGUUAUGGGACAGAUCUUUCUUUCAAAAUGUUAAGGAUUCCUGUUUCUUCUAUGAGUUUGAUAUGCAUGAUCUCAUCCAUGACCUUGUACAAUCAGUCGGACAAGGUGAGAGUUUGAUAGUAGACUCUGCAAAGACGAAAGGCAUCUCUAAAAAUGUUAGACAUCUAACAAUUUUGAAAAGUGGCCAAAAUAUUUCAACAACCUUGCAAAAGUUGAGUAAAGUGCGGACUAUUGGAGUAGAGAGUUAUGAAAAUAUUGAUGAAUCCUUCCUCAGCACUUGCAUUUCAAGAUUCAAAUAUCUGCGGUGCCUUGGAUUAGUCAAUGCAUCUUGGGAAUUGUUGCCGAGUUCCAUUGGUUCUUUGAAGCAUUUGAGAAGCCUGAACUUGGCUGGAAAUGAAAGAAUCACCGCACUACCCAAUUCAAUCUGUAAGCUGCAGAGCUUGCAAGCUCUGACUCUCGGUAGAUGCGUGAAUCUUGAAGAGUUGCCUGGAGACGUGAGCAAGUUGAUCAGCCUUAGAUGCCUCGAAUUUACCAUAAAACAAUCAAGUUUUCCAGAGAAUGGAGUGGGAUGCUUGCCAUCACUUCGAUAUCUUUGUAUUCAGGAGUGUAGUAAUCUAACGUGUUUGCCGCAUGAUACGAGUUAUCUUGAGUCAUUACGCACUCUGAUCAUAGCCAAUUGCAAACAACUUGGUUUGGUGAUGGAAAACUAUCAAGGAAUUCAACUGAGGCUCCAAAAAUUGUGGAUUGUAGGAGUACCACGAAUGGUGGCAUUGCCUGAAUGGUUUCAAGGAGCCACAAACACACUACAAGACUUGGGUAUAGAAGAAUGUGAGAACUUGGAGGCAUUACCUGGGUGGUUGACGAGUUUCACAUCGCUUAGAAGGCUUAUGCUCGAAUCAUGUCCCAAACUGUUGUCUUUGCCAGAGGAGAUGCACCGCCUCACUGCCUUAACAGAACUUAGAAUCACAAAGUGUCCUGAUCUGGAGAGGAGAUGCCAGCGCAACACAGGAGAAGAUUGGCCAAAGAUUUCUCAUGUUCCAAAUGUUUACUUUGAAUAGAAACAGGGCUGCCGUCUUCCAAAGCCGCUGCCCCUUAUUUUCUCUGUUUGUAUUUGUUUCAUUGUCCGAUCUUUUGUUGUUUCUCAAUUGCUUGUAUUUUGUUCCGGCUGAUGUAAAUUGUCAUGUUCAUGUAUUGUAAUAUUACUUCAUUUUAAUCAACCUUCUAUUACAUCAAA